CUCACUGCUCGACUCCACAGGACGAGGAGAUGUUGCGGGAGAGCCGCGGAUUCUAUUUCCGGGGUUACGGCUUGGGCCACUGCCUGCAGUCCAAAGACGGCCCCGCCGUGGAGGGACCCACCGUUUUUGGCCCAUCGCCUCCCGUGACGGUGCACGACGGCGAGUUUCUCCACAAGCGCUUCGUGGACCGGGCCAAGCGCAUCGACACCAUCUCCAGAGCUGUCUUCCCGUUGAGCUUCCUCAUUUUCAACAUCUUCUACUGGGUCACCUACAAAGUGCUGCGACACGAGGACAUUCAUGCCAAUUUGUAAAGAGCUUCCGCCUUUCUACAGACUUUGCCAGGAUUUGCCUCCAUUGCGGCGAGGAGCAGGAGCGUUCCUCUUGGAAUUAGGAAUGAACGCUAAACCCAAGAGCAUCUCUGGGCGCUCGAGAGUGUUCAAAGCCAAAAGA